AUUUGUCUUGUCAAACGCGUUAAGCGCUUGACAUCUCUGGCUGUCUGUCGUGUUGUUCUCAUUCGCGGUGUAUUGAAUGACGUGAUCUCCAGUUUAUUUCAGCAGAGGACAUGCGGUUAUGGGCAACGCUUUGUUGAGCAGGAUCCUCGGCUAGAAUAAAACACCUCUAAGAACUGAGCGAGGCAUUGAGAGAGGACUAUUACAGUGGAUUUAAUGACACUCCAUCAAAGCAUCACAUUCUGAUCAGAAGAGACAUGGAUGGAUACCUGCCGCCUCAGUUUCAAGCGUUGUCAGACCAUAAGAAGUUUUCUCAAGACAAUUCCAUGACGAUGGACCAAGGCACACCUUACAGCAUAAACAUGAAUGUUUUUUUACCAGACGUCACCUACCUACGGACCGGCAUGUGUAGACCUGUGAGGUCUGCGGCACCACAGAUAAAGUCGGAACCUCUGCAUUCGUCUUUCAACUACUCCAGUUGCCAGGGCUCGGUAGCGUCCACCAUGACGCACCCAGAGUACACAAACCUCUACAGCCCAGCUGUGGAAACGGGUAGCAAUGUUUACAUCAAGCAUGAGACACCAUCCCUCGAAUUCCCAGACGUUCCACUUUUUCAGCUGUUGAAUUCGGAGCUCGAGCCCAGUGUGCCUGGUGGCCACUCUUGCACAGAUUCCCACAAUGCCACAUGCCAUCCAAUGCCGACGUAUAACAGCAUUCACCCACAACCCAGCCAUAUUGCAGAAAGACCGCUUUGUAAUAUGAGCAGCAGUGGAUAUUCGCUACCUGCCCAGUUUGGUCAGCAUCCUCAGAAGAGGGCAGCCUAUCUACCACCCUCCCCUCCAAACUCAGAACCGGGCAGCCCUGACAGGAGGAAAGAACUCAUACAGAACUUUUCGCCACCUCCAUCAUAUGCUGCCAGCAUGGCAUCUAAAAUGGCAGGUCUUACCCCUGGACCAGCACUUUCUGUCCAAACACAAGCAGUACCUGCCCAAUACAACCGCAGAAACAAUCCCGAUCUAGACAAAAGGAGAAUACAUCACUGUGAUGUACCAGGAUGUAAGAAGGUCUACACCAAGUCCUCACAUUUGAAGGCUCAUUUACGUACUCACACAGGCGAAAAGCCAUACAAGUGCUCAUGGGAGGGGUGCGACUGGCGAUUCGCCCGCUCUGACGAGCUAACGCGCCACUUCAGGAAGCACACAGGGGCCAAACCUUUCCAGUGCGCCGUAUGUAGCCGUUGCUUCUCCCGAUCGGACCACCUGGCCCUCCACAUGAAAAGACACCAGAACUAGAGCCGCCCGCUCUCGUUGUUCUGACGG